GCGACCAUUUGAAGAUCUGUCCCCAUGGCUACACCUGCUGUUCUCAAGAGAUGGAAGAGAAGUACGGCCUGCAAAGUAAAGAUGAUUUCCAGAGCGUGCUCAGUGAACAGUGCAACCAUUUGCAGGCCAUCUUCGCGUCCCGCUACAAGAAGUUUGAUGAAUUCUUCAAAGAACUACUUGAAAAUGCAGAGAAAUCCCUGAAUGAUAUGUUUGUGAAGACAUAUGGCCACUUAUACAUGCAAAAUUCAGAACUAUUUAAAGAUCUCUUCGUAGAGUUGAAGCGCUACUAUGUGGCGGGAAACGUGAACCUGGGAGACAUGCUCAAUGACUUCUGGGCUCGCCUUCUGGAGCGCAUGUUUCGCCUGGUGAACUCUCAGUACCAUUUUACAGAUGAGUACCUGGAAUGCGUGAGCAAAUACACAGAGCAGCUGAAACCCUUUGGAGAUGUCCCUCGGAAACUGAAGCUCCAGGUUACACGCGCCUUUGUUGCAGCCCGGACUUUUGCUCAAGGCUUAGCAGUUGCAAGGGAUGUAGUGAGCAAAGUCUCUGUG